AUUUAUGAACAUGCCUUCCAGCCUUUUGCCUCAGAAAUGGACUUUGGUCUUCACUUCUGCCCUCAUACUUGGGUAUGAAUCUAGCCCUUUAAAUGUAUGGGAGGGGCUGGUUGCCUUGGCAGAAGGCCUGGUUUCCAUGGAGAUUAGGUAUAGCUCACAAGGUGGUAACUGUUGUAAUUAAUAGCAGCAUAUCUUGGGAAGUGGCCACAUUUGAAAUCACCAGAUUCUAAAAUUCCUGGCGUGAGUGGCUUCUCCCCACCACUCAGAAGCCACUCCUGAUUCCUUUACAGGCCUUUGGGGCACAUCCAACCCAUCAAGGUUAAUGAAGCCGCCAGGAUUAAGGAUUCUGUGCUGAGCCUAGGACUCUUGGGUUCUGACCCAGCUUGAGUAUCUUAGACUGAAAGUGGUCCAACUAUGCAGAGAAUGUGGCCCAUAAGGGAGCAUUGAAGGAACAGCUUGGAGUGUGUCUUUUUUAGCAGAGGGACCCUGAAACAGAUCAAGUGGGACUUGGCCUACAUCAAGGUGAUUAUUGAUGCAAGGGACAGUCUUGCUGUCCUGAGGGACAUACCUGAGCUGACCCCUGGAUGAAGCCUGAUCUCCACCAACUUACACUUUUCCCAGUUCACCCCAGCUGUCUCUGAAUAACCAGAUUCCAGCCUAUUGAAGUUUUCUUAGGCUUCCGACCAUUGCCACCUAGUCAUCAUGGAGUCCCAUGGGGAGAGAGCUGGAGAGGGUGAUAGGGUACGUCUUACAGCCCAAAUGCUUAAAGCCUGGUCAGGUGAAUUUUCCUUGGAAUCCAUUUUGCUGUUGAAACUUUGUGGUUUAGGGCUGGUGGACUUGGGCUGCUUAGGUGAAUGUUUGGGACUGGAAUGGCUGGACUUGUCUGGUAACACCCUCACCCACCUGGGACCCCUGUCCUCCCUCCGGCAGCUAGCUGUGCUCAAUGUCUCCUCCAACCGUUUGACAGGACUAGAACCGCUGGCCUCUUGUGAGAACCUGCAGAGUCUCAAUGUAGCUGGUAACUUGCUGGCAGGGGUGGGCCAACUGAAGUGUCUGACAGGACUUCAGCGCCUGGAACAUCUGAGGCUUCAGGACCCCUUGGCACGGCUUAGUAACCCACUCUGUAAGAGUCCUUCUUACAGGGCUGCGGUGGGGGAGCUGUUGCCUGGCCUAAAAGUCAUUGAUGGGGAGCGAGUGUCAGGUCAGGGCAGUGAAUUCUACCAGCUGUGCCGGGACCUUGACAAAUGCUUGCAUCGGAAUCCAGGGCCCGUCCCUCCCUGUGAGACUAAGCCCUGGGUGGAGCCCAGCUACUGGAAGCCACCCCAGGACCAGGGCAGCUCCAUUCUGGAAGAAGCGUGUCGCCAGUUCCAGGACACAGUACAAGAAUGUCAGGAGCUAAGCCAGAAGGCUGAUAAUACUCUAGCCCAGGCAGAAGAGGCUCUUAGACCUGCCAGGGGGGAUACAACUUCCUUUGUCUUCUAAGCCCAGCCAAUAACCAGUGUUGAGAGGGAAGUUUCCCAGGGCACCAGGCUUUGAAGAAUCACGGACUUCAUUAUUGGCCCCACAAAUUGUAUCCAAUUAGUUUUGUCCCUCUUAUUAUGUUUCCUACAUACUCUCAUGGAAAAUUAAAUCUAGAGCCUCAUUCUUGUGGAGAUAGUUUGAACCCUCUUCCUUCUUUCUAUCUGUAUGUACUCAUAGAGAAACCAAACAUUCCAGAUCUCUUCCUGAGUAUGUUGUGCCUCCCCCCACUCCUACUGUCACAAGAUUGAUACCAAGAAAGCAGGUGCUUUUACCUAAAUUGAUUCUCUACCCCCCAGUGGGGUACUGGCUGGAUAUGUAAAAGCUUCUUGAAAAAAUAAAAUAUGCUAUGCUAAUAAG